GUUUCGGGCGCUGCAGCAUGGAGGCAAAGAUUUCGCUGCCUGCAUUUCUCAAAAUGCUCACAAAUCACAACGUGCCCGCAACGAAAGCGAUGGCUGUGGCAGGGAACAUCUACAAGACGUACAACACCCCUUCGGCACUCGCUCAGUUAAAUGACUUUCAGUUGAAAGCCUCGGGAGUGGACGAAAAGGACCUUCGGAAGCUCGUGCUAGCGGCGAUCCGCAAAUCGGGCUUCAGGGCCAAACUGCAAGCAUCCUCGAGCAGUGCUCACGACAGCACGCCGAACGCUGCAGGAUCAAGUACAUCUUUUGCUCAAGCGGAGCGACCCAAGAAGAAGCGCAAGAGAGAUGAUGAUCUCAACGAGUUCCUUCCAGACCGGCUCCAAGAUGAGGGCGAGCAGUAUGGCAGCCUGGAGUUCGAUGAAGUUCUCGACGAAGAGGUCCUCCAGACGAAGUACACGGUUGUGAACCGCGCCCCGAUCAUGAUGGCAUGGGCUUUCGUCGUGGCCGAACGACUGGGAUUCCAGCGUCAGGAGGCCCUGAGCAUAGCAUCCGUGUACACGGAGAUGAAUGCUAUUACGAAGGGCGUCUCUCGUGGAAUCUUCGACAAGGACAAGGGUAAGGGCGUGGAGGCGAGCAUGAACGGCUCCCAGCCGUAUGUGGACCUCAUGGGCCGACGCCCUCUAUACCAGACGGCUUCCGGCAGUUGGCGCGCCCUCUCUUCAAGCGUGCCCGUCGCGCCCACGUCCCCAUUCUCAUACAUCAAGCGCUCGCUGAGGCAGACCGCACCGCACGUUCUUGGUGCGCUACGCCUUCUGGCAGCAAGCUACACGCCUGCCGAGCUGAACCGCAAAGGUUAUGCGCUCUACGCCGAUCUUCGCCCCGAUGUAGAUGGAUGGGGCAAGCGCGGCGACGUGAGAUGCUCGACGAUCCUAGGGCUGCGCAAUGUCGGUGGCCUGACUGCGGACGUCAAGAAGAAGCUCUCAGAUGGCGUCCAAGAUCUUGUCAAAGUCGAGCCCGUGAGUGAAGAUAAGCUGGGCGCUCAGGUAAAUCUACCAGCGCCCGAGGUAGAAGAUCGGCCAAGCAAGAAGCAAAAUAGCAUGUCGCUGGAGGAGUAUGAAGCAGCCCUCGAUGCAGACCAUACCUUUGACGACGUUGAUCUCAACUUCGAC